GUAAUCUCCAUAUUCCCUGCGGAAGGACAUUCAAUUCCCUUUAUAAAAGAGGAGCAGAGAUCAUAGCGGUUGAGUCCACAGGCAGGAAACGACAGAGCUGGGAAUGGAAGCUAGACCUGUGACUUAGAGCACGGACUCUUUCCUCUGCGCUCAGGGAGACUGCAGAAGGGAGCGGGCUCAAGAGAGACCUUGGGGUUGUCCACAAUGGGCGAGGGGAGGACACUGGAAAGAAGAGCCGGAGGCCCAGGGCGACGCAGGGACCCGAUUGGAGCCGAAGAAUGUGCUUGUGUCACUAGAGACUUUUGACUUUGGCCCUUAGGCUCGCUUCCCUCGGGGCAGAUAAAGGAGUGGGGAUCGGAUUGGGGAUCAGAGCCGCUCGCUCCUGGCUCCCUGGCUCCCUGGCUCUGAAUGUGGGAGUGACAGAACUGGAUGAAUUAGGGGAGGGGCCAUCGCGGGCCCCGCCCACAACCUUUGUGUCGGGGGAGCUGGACAAAGGGCGCCGGUUGAGAGCCAAUCAAGAUGCCGCAUGUAAAUGACCCCGAGAGGCGUUCUCCGAGCGACUCCAGAGCAGUGUCGCUGCCCCCCAGCGGGCACAGAUCGCACUGCCUGGCGCCAUGCGAGGCGCCAACUUAGGUGAGUCGGGGGGUUCGGCCACGGACAGACGCCCGGGCGCCCGGGGUCUGGGAGGGGCGAGGAUUGGAGAUGGUCAAAGUCAGGAUGAGGACGUCCUUGGGGACCCCAACCCCAACGGUUCCGGACACGGAUGUGUAUGCCGACGCCCAGGUGUCUCCAGGAGCAACGGCAGGGCCAGACCUCGGAGGGACUUGGGGUGGCGGGAGCGAGGGACCUGUGGACCCGGGGCCUCUGACGCAGUGUCCUACAGAGGGACGGAGACUCGAACCUAUGGAAGCCUGGGGAGAAACUCACGCCUUCUCGCCGCCCGACGCGGAGAGGCGGCCGCGGCCGCACGGCAAAACGGAAGAGAGAGGACGGCUGGCAGCCGACAGGUGUACCCACAUCAUGAACACCUGCCGCCACCACUCCGGAUACCUGGCGGACGAUGAGGCCGGCCACAUCACGUACCGGCCCCGGGUGCAGCCGCCUAUGAAGCCACCGUUCCUGAAAGUGGAGCAGCCCUCCAAUCUGGGCCACGUGCCACACCCACCGUCAAUGUAUGGCCCCUCCGGCAGCUCAGGGCUUCGCAGCCACCGUGGGAGCACGAGGGACCCUCGGCCCUUUGGCAGUUUCCUGGAUUUCCUUGUGGAGGGCCAGGUGCUAGAGAGCCUGCAGAGGGUGGUGGAGGAAGCAACUGAGCGCAUGGCUACCAUGAAGACAGAGACUGGGGCGCCGCUGGUGGAUGUGCAGGACCCACUGGAGAUGCCGAGGGGUGGGCGACGUGUGCGUGCCCGGCCCAGCCUCAAUACUGUGCACCGGCACCAUGUCCAGCCCAGCCUCUGCCUCGGGCACCCCAACAACUACCCAUCCUGCUCCAGCUCCAUGUCUGACUCACAUAGCAACGCCACAGUCGGCUACCCGGGUUCCUACGGCCGGGACAGCGACCUGGGCUACCGCAGCCUAGGCCCACUGCCACCCAUAAGGGACAAACUCCUGCAGGAGAAGAGCCUCAGACGGCUGCUGCGGCUGGAGAACAGAGGGAAACGCCUGCCCUGCUCCCAGGGGGAUGCCCUGCUGUGGGACUCACUGGGCUCAAGCUUGGGCACGCCGGAAGCAUCAGAGCUGGGGAUUGGCGAGAGAGAGCUGAAAUUCCUCAAGAGAGAGUUCAACAAGGAGAUCAAGUCCUUGCUGAGCCAGUCGGAGGCCUUCAACCUGCCCGGCUACUCUUCGUUCCGGGAGCCCCAUCGGACCCUAGACCUCCUGGCCAAGCACCAUCUCUUCCCUGCCCUGCAGAGUGUGGUCAACCAGGCUGUGGACAAGCUCAGUGGCGCCCUCCGGCAGAACGGCUGCCCUCUCUUCCCAUCAGAAUGGGAGCCCAUCCCAGAGCCCCAUUUAGAAAUCACACCAGGCUCCAAACUGGCCACACCCAACCCAGAGGAGACCACUGAUGAUCUCUCCUCCACCGCAGCCUCCAUCUCCAAGAUGACUGGAAGAAAAAACAAGCCCAGACCACGGGACAAGCCCAAGGAAGGUGGUCCCACCAUGUCUAAUGCCCAAGGAGCCACCAGAUUUAGGCUCCAGAGCCCCCAUUACAACAGGAAGAAGAUGACACUGCCCUCCAUCUCCUCCAAGUCCAUGUCCUGCAUCUCCAACCCCUGGUCCGAGGAGCUUAUCAACGACAUGACGGAGCAGGCUGUCUCCUUGCUUGUCUGCAAGUACAAGUUUGAGAGGAACCUCACCAAGCAGCUGGGGCUCAUCUCCGUCCCCAUCACGGAGACCCUCGUGGACCUCUUGCUGGGCUUCAAGAAAGUGAAAGGCUCCAACAUCUGCCUGUCCUCGGAGGUCAACUGGAACGACCUGCUCCGCAUGCUGGAGGAGGCCCAGUGGGCCCGGCACGUGUCCCUGGAGGCCUCCCAGCAUGACGCCUCCCAGCAUGACGUCUCCCAGCACACUGCCUCCCCCCAAGGCACCUCCCCGCACAGCGUAGACACCCCCUCCAUAUUGUCUAUGCCGGCCACUGUCCUGGAUCAGGUGGCCGAGGAGCCAGGCCCCCAGGUACCCACCCUUCAGGAGAAAGGUACAGCGGAGGAGCACAAGCCCACGAACGAGUUGGAGCCCAAGCCCUCCGCAUCCCAGAGCACUGGCACGGGCUUCAAGCAGCCUGAGCAAGUAGUGGACAUGGGGGAGAAAUGGUCGAGCAACCUCAAGACCCUGCAGCUUCGGACCCAGGGGCUGAGGACAGAGGCCACGAUUGCGGGCUCGGGGAUCCAGGAUGAAGAAGCCUCAUGA